CCGGUCUAGCUUGAAACGAGUGAUUGAGGUGUAGGCGCCGAGCGAGGCAGUCAGCUUGCGACAGAAAAACAAACGAGGUUAGGUUGAGCAGUAGAGUCAGUCCAUGUUUUAAAAGAAUCUAAAAGAAACAGUUAAACCAAAGGACAGGUGGACUUAAACGUUAUUUGUGUCGGUUAUACGCGGGCUCAGCUACUUAUUGUUUGGUUCUCAUUUUGGCGGAGUGUGUCACCGUUUGCCCAUUCUCACUGGAGUGAGCACUAAGGAGGACUCCAUGAAAGAUGACAGAGGAGGUGAUUGUUGUAGCCAAGUGGGACUACACGGCCCAGCAGGACCAGGAACUUGACAUCCGUAAAAACGAGCGUCUUUUCCUGCUGGACGACUCAAAAACCUGGUGGCGUGUCCGCAACGCCGGCAACCAAACUGGCUAUGUGCCAUCGAACUACGUUGAGCGCAAGAACAGCCUGAAGAAAGGCUCACUGGUGAAGAACAUUAAAGACACACUGGGUUUGGGAAAAACUAAGAGGAAGACUAGUGCUCGUGAUGCAUCCCCAACGCCAAGCUCAGACACAGAGUACCCUUCCAAUGGCAGCGGGGGCGGAGGUGGAGCUGCUGAAAGGAUCUACGACCUCAACAUUCCCGCCGUGGUCAAGUUUACCUACACAGCAGAGAGAGAUGACGAGCUGACCCUGGGCAAGGGCUCCAGGGUCAUCGUGAUGGAAAAGUGUAGUGACGGCUGGUGGCGGGGCAGUCAGUCAGGCCGCGUGGGCUGGUUUCCCUCCAAUUAUGUCCUGGAGGAGCAUGUUGGGGCUGAUGACAGAGAGGAAGGAUAUUCCUCACAGGGCUACCAUGUAGGCUCUCAGGGGACUUUGCUGGCCAAUGGGCAAGCUGGCGGCCUUGGUGCAGUGCUCCACUUGGUUCAAACACUCUACCCCUUUAGCUCUGUGACAGAGGAGGAGCUGAACUUUGAGAAGGGAGAGGUCAUGGAAGUUGUGGAAAAGCCUGAGAACGACCCUGAGUGGUGGAGGUGUAAGAACUCCCAUGGCAUGGUUGGCCUGGUGCCUAAAAACUAUGUGGUGGUGCUGGAUGAGCGGCCCGGCCUGCCCUCCCCUUCCCCGAGCUCCCCACAAAACCGCUUGGUGGCACCGGCACGCUCAGGGAAGUUUGCCGGGAGGGACUGGUACUACGGCAAAAUCACCAGACACCAGGCCGAGUGUAUACUCAACGAGAGAGGAGAGGAGGGCGACUUUCUUGUACGAGACAGCGAGUCAUCGCCCAGUGAUUUCUCUGUGUCUCUGAAGGCGGCUGGUAAGAAUAAACACUUUAAAGUGCAACAGUCGGAGGGAGUGUACUGCAUCGGCCAGCGCAAGUUCAACUCCAUUGAUGAACUAGUGGAGCACUAUAAGAAAGCCCCCAUCUUCACCAGCGAACAUGGAGAGAAGCUGUACCUGGUUAAAGCUCUGCUGUGAUUCACGCAUCCUCACACCUACACUGGAUCUCACACACAAACACACACUCUUCAAACACACUAUACACACAUAAUACUAAUACCACCCCCUAACUGUCUUAACUCGAGCCUUAGCUCUGGACCCUCCUUGCUGUGGCGUCUGUCCUAUAUCCAGUUGUUUCUGUCGCCCUCCAGUGUUUAUCAGGGGAAACUCUUUCUAGCUCUACAACCGAGCAGUUAAUCCCAAGAGGACGAGCACUGUCAGCAAAUAUCAAGCUACAUCCUUCAUGUACAACACAGUGCAUACUAAGCCUCUGUCUCUUGGAAGUGCUAACAUGUGCAGUGAUGACAUCUGAUGUAAACAGAACGCCUGCAACCUUGUUGGAGGAUGAGCUCUCCUUCUGAUGUCAUACAUAAUGUCCAUUUCCUACCGCACAUUCUAGGUUACACCAUUGCUCUUAAUCCAUAUAGGAAGGCACACAUUCAACAGUUCAAAGAGGACUCAAGCCUCUGAGGGACCUUACUUUUCAAAUUGCUUGCCAUGGGUGUAUUUUGUUCAUUUAUUAGAAAAAUAAUGAUUUUUAAUUUUUUAAAGGUUCCAUGACAUGGUGCUCUUUGGAUGCUUUUAUGUAGACCUUAGUAGUCCCCUAAUACAUCUGAAGUCUCUGAAGAGGGAACUCAUAUUAAAGUUGAAAAAAAACCUCAUAAAGUGACAUUUUCAUGCCAUGGCACCUUUAAGAGAAUUUAAAUUCCUCUCUGGAGUUUUGAAUCAUUGCUCUUUCAUACAAUGACUUCACAAAGUGACCAGAAUCACUCUGCCUUUUUCUCCUGAUUUUCAUUGUUCCUCUACAUGAUUUCUCUCCCCAUUGAACUUGUCUUCUCGUGCUAUUUCAAACAGUUUCUGUCUCCACAGACCCAGUCAUUAGUAGUUAUGUUAUUGAAAAUCUGAAUACACUACUUACUGUAAUAUUUCUAAAAGGCAGUAGGGCGAGCAUUGAUGCAAUAGGGAGACCUGAUUUCCUGUAGAGUUUGAAUGUGUUUCAAUGUAACCAAAUGUGCCACCCUGUACUCAUACUACUGGCUUCAGUACUGUACUCACCAUACUUGUCAUGCAUUCAUAGGUCUAUGUUCAUGCUUUAAAUUGUGUCAAAUUCAACAUGUUUCUAUUCUGUUCUCCAGUAUGUCUGUAGCUACAUGUUUGCAUACUGACCAUAGAAAUGGAAUGAGAGCAGAAUGGACAGUUUGCCUUAGUCAUUUGACUGUGCAUGACUAUUGAAUUCCGUUUGGUACACAUCAAAUGGCCGCCGCUUUGACCGCUCUGCUAUGUUCAUUUAAACGGGAAUACUAGUUCUACUCUCAUUCUACUUCUAUGAUAAUAAAUAAAAAUAAUAAUGAUAAUAAUAUUAAUUAAAAAAUCAAACUUUUGCUAACACUUUUGCAUAACUACACUUGAUUUGCUUUAGCGAAUGAUCGCAGUUGUACAAGAGUACUUCUUCUGAUGUUGUUUGUCAAAGAUGAGUAUAUCUUUGUGAAUCUUGUAAUUACAGAGAAUUGUGAGAAAAUAUACAAAAAAAACUACUCACUUUGGUGAUUGACUAUGACCUCCAUGCCCUUAGCUCUACACUCAUCACAUCACACAUUUAUCACGUCACACAUUGUUGAGAAAUAAUUUUGGAAAAACCUAGUAAUUGAUUAAAUCAGUCAACAAUGACCGUUUGCUAAACAGCGAAUGUCCAGUCACAGCCAUGAAUAAAGUAUCGGGAAUGGAUAAAACGGUGUGUUUAUCUGCUCUAAUAUAAUCGUUUGUAUGCCCCACAAACCAGCUGGAACCCAGCGUCACUUCCUAGGCCAAAGAGCCCAUAAUUGAUUAGCUAGUUAGCUACAGCUAAUAUAAUCUGCCAGCAACAGUUGUCAUUUAAGGGGCUGUCCUUUAGUAUUCACAACAUUAAUAUAACAGUGAACACAGGAGUAAUGUCCUGGGCAGAGAAGGACGACACUGUUUGACCAGUUGGGAUACAGUUUGUUUGAGUAUGGAGUGGGGGGGAAUCCAGACUUUUAUUUCUGUAUUAAGUACAGCUCCUUUUUUUUAAAUAUCAAAAUCAACCGUUGCUGACUAGAUAAGAUUGAUUGCUUUUGUCUGCCUCUGACUGAAACAAGGACCUGCUAUUUUCAAAAAUUAGCACUCAGUUUUGAGCUGUCAAACUGUUAUUGAUAUUAUUUUAAAGCUGCAUGUGCUGCACAAGACUGGACCUUUGGAGAAACAUAGCAACAGUAACUAAGAGGGCAGGGCAUAAUAAACUCAAUUUAUAAUAAAAGAAAUUUACUUUUACUGUCAAGAAUCCAAAUAUACUGUCAUCUGGUCUAAAAUGAAAAAAAAAAAAAACAUCCUAGUUCUACCAAACAUUUUCCUGGUCUAUUUUCUUUUUUAUUGUGCGUUUGUUUACCAACGGAAGUGUUGUUGCUCCUGGGGUCUUCAGCUUUUAUAUGAUAUAUCUGAAUGUUAUUGAACAUUGUUAUUUAAUUCUUGUCUUCACUGUAUGUAUAUAAUCAAAAAUAAGAUGAGGUGCAUAUAUGAAUCGCUAAGAUCCAACUAUGGUACUGUAUCACAGAUAACGUGAUGAGAAUUGAAAUACUUUUGUUCAAUAAAAUCUUUUGAAGAAUACUAAA